UCUUUUAAAGUGCCCAUCUACGAGUAUAUACAAAAAAACCAUGGUUAUCUAAAGCAUGGAAGCAUUUAUCAUACAUCUGAAAUGAUAAAUAUUUGACAUAAAAAUCCCAUUUCUAUUCCAAAAGAGGUGUUUAAAUGGUUAAAAUGUAUAUUUGAUUGAAGUCCCAAGUUUGUAUCUAGUUAAAAAAUAAAAUAUUACAAAUUUUGUUCUGUGUUUUUUGUCUUAGGCAUGUUUUAAAUAGGAGCUAAAAUAACGCUGUGCGUGUUAGGUGUCCAUAAACGGUAUUUCGGUUGUUCUUGCCAUGGGAAAGGAAAAGAAUCGCGGCUAAGGUUAGGAAUGUGACGCCUACAAAACGUGUAAAGUUAGGAAAUUAAUUUAUAGGCGUGAAUACAAGUAUUUUAUACUUUAUGUGUACUUAAGGAAGCGUGAAAACCUUUGGCACAAAUAUAUCGGUCAAGGAUUCGUAAAGUUACCCUGAGAAAUCUCUAUCCGCAAUAUUUCUGAAUUGUAAUUAAUUUCAAAUUAGAUAUUCAUACUGUAUUUGAAAAUAAGCGCAAAAAGUAUGAUCACUGAUGAAUUAAGUACACAUUAAGUAUAAACAAAACAACACAACACUAGGGCUAGAAGGUUAGGCUGUGUAUGCAAUGUAUGAAGAUUUAAUUCGUCUUAAGUCGCAUAAACUUUAAGGUCAAGAUUGUGUUUUGAUGACUGCACCGUCUCUUUCAAUAGACAUUAAAACAUGUUGAUAGAUCAAAAAACAUUCUUGAAAUCUGUUUAACACUCCCUCCAUUACCCCCUCAAAACAAAAACAAAAAAGAAAAGGGAAUAAAAGUCUUUCAAAAUGAAUGAUUUUUUUUUCUUGCCUUCAGUUUGGCUCUUUGAAUAGUUCAUCAUAAGAACAAAGAGAAAAAGUAAUAUUUCAAAACAAAAAGAGAAAUGUGUAUGUCAUCUUAACUAAAUCUUGACCUUUGAAGAUUUUAAGUAAAUUUAAAAGCAUUUUUAAAAUUUUUACUUUUCAAGUUUAACUAUAAUUGAUAAAGAUUUAACAAUUUACCUUGCUUUUUGAGCUGAUUUGAUACCAUUUAUUAAUUCUUAUUUCUUUUUUUUUCUUUUUCAGACCAACCAGAAAUCGAAAAUGCGGCCCAGAAGGACAGCAUGUCGGUGAUAACCAUAGCCUAUAUAAUCACUGUCCCGGGAAUAAUCAUCAUCUGUAUUGGCGUCAACGUUGUUACUUAUAAAUGUGGCGUGAAGAAAGGUCGGAGAAUAGAGCGCAAACAUAAAUUACAGGAAUUCCAAGAAGAAACGCAAACGGUUCAUUAUCAACACUAUCAAACUGAUACUGAAAAUCCGGAAGCUAUUCCCUUAGCACAACAGGGUCCAUCCGCUGGGCAAGUGUCCGUCGACCCAUCCCACGACUAUGCUGCGUACGAUGAAAUAAAAGAUCAGCGACAACGCAUGCAAGAGUCGCAGAGGCGGAAAGAAGGAGGCUAUUUGACACCGGUUUCCCAAGGUCAAAGUCGGGCACUACCCCCUGUGAGAACUAAUGGCGAUGGCUACGUAUCUCCAAAGACAACAGCUAAAAAAUCACAAGAGGAGGGCGGGAAAACUAGUAAAGGUGACUCCCCAUCGCCUCCUGGUGACGGGGGAUACAUCUCACCUUUACAACAGGAAAAAGAUGCUUCCGAAAGAGCUGGUUCAGGCAAAAGCGAUUCCAGCUCGGAAAAAUCUGAUAAAUCGGACAAAUCUAGAAAAUAUCAGAACGAUCCGCAAGGCAAAUCCUCGCCCAAAACGAAGGCUCUUUACGAGUCGUUAAAAGAUACCGGGGUCACUCAGGAGCACGAUUACAUUGAACUACAGACUUAAUUAUUUUUUGUAAAAUAAAUUUUACUUUUUAUUUUGUUUUCAUUGUUUUUAAUGCUAAAUGAAUACUAAUAAUUUCUUUUCAAAGAAUGAAGAAGGUGUCUUCUUGUUAAACUCAUUCCUGUCAUAAAAUGUUAAUUUUAAUGACUCAUUCAUAAUUUAACUAUUAAAGUAUUAUUUGAUGAUGUUCCAGGUUAAUGUGUGUAUAAAGGUUUUGUUUUUCUUUCCCUGUUUUGCUAUAUCAUAUAUAAUGCAUGAUUGAUAGAUAUGCCAUUUCAUACUCAGCUUUUUCUAUUUAAUUUGAUAUAAUGCUAUAAGCAUGUAUAAGUAUUUGCAAUGUAAAGCGCUUUUAAAUUAGAUAUGCAUUGGGGGCAAAAACUUUUCAGGCCCAAAAUGAGGAUACAAUGCUGCUUAUUUAAAAAAAAAAGCUCGAUCACUGUUAAAUAAGCCUUUGAUUUUGUUAUUUAGUGCUUUUUUGCUUUAUUUAGUGCUUUUUUGCUUUAUAAUUUUAUUUUUUUUUGUUCGAUUCAUUUUGUCUGACUGUCUUAAUUAUUAUCAAUGCUUUGAAUGUAUUAUUUUUUCAUUUUGUCUUCAUCAAUAAACAAUUUUUAUAGAAA